ACAAAACCCUCCCUUUAUUGAUAUCUUUGUGUGUCUCCUUUUUCCUCUGCAACAACCACAACUAAAACCCUUUUCUUUUCUUUAACAAUUCCAUUCAUUUUUUUUUCUGGGUUUCAAAAAUCCUCAAAAAAAAGCAAACCAAAGUUAUGUCAGGUCUGUAUAAUUCCAACUUCUCACCUGCAAGAGCUGCUUCUCCUCAGAUUAGAAGCACCCCAGAUGUUGACAGUCAGUACUUGUCAGAGCUCUUAGCAGAGCAUCAAAAGCUUGGGCCUUUCAUGCAGGUUCUUCCCAUAUGUAGCCGACUGUUAAAUCAAGAGAUACUUCGUGUCUCUGGCAUGAUGUCCAGCCAAGGGUUUGGUGAUUUUGACAGGUUGCGGCACAGGAGCCCCAGUCCUAUGGCUUCUUCAAACCUUAUGUCCAAUGUUGCUGGCACUGGAUUAGGUGGCUGGAACAGCCUAACUCAAGAGAGACUAAGUGGACCUGCAGGUAUGGCAAUGGACUGGCAAGGUGCUCCAGCAAGCCCUAGUUCAUACACUGUCAAGAGGAUUUUGCGCCUGGAAAUUCCUGUUGAUACUUAUCCAAAUUUCAAUUUUGUUGGUCGGCUUCUGGGUCCAAGAGGCAAUUCACUGAAGCGGGUGGAAGCAACUACUGGAUGCCGUGUGUACAUCAGGGGGAAGGGAUCAAUAAAGGAUCCAGACAAGGAAGAGAAGCUGAGAGGGAGACCAGGUUAUGAGCACCUGAAUGAUCCACUCCACAUCUUAAUUGAGGCUGAUUUACCUGCUAAUAUUGUUGAUAUGAGGCUUAGACAGGCACAGGAAAUUAUUGAGGAGUUGCUGAAACCUGUGGACGACUCACAAGAUUUUAUCAAGAGGCAGCAGUUGCGUGAAUUGGCAUUGCUAAACUCAAAUUUCAGAGAGGAGAGUCCUGGCCCCAGUGGAGGCAGUGUUUCUCCAUUCAAUUCAAGUGGAAAGCGUGUGAAAACUGGACGCUGAAAACCUCACAUCAUCAUUCAUCCAGUACUGAAUCUCAUGGUGCUAAGCAUGCCUUCCAAUACAUAAUCAGUUCAGCACAGCUGGAAACGACUAGGCUAACGGUUCUUGCUGGUGAGCUCUCUGCUGGUGGGUCUUUUACUUUACUUGUUUUCCCCUUCAAACAAAACAAAAACAAAAACUGAAAAAAAGAACGUCAAAAAAACCCAAAAAAAAGGAAGAAUUAUAAAGUUGGAUCAUGGAGUUUUAGGGUUUAGUUUUCAGUUUUUUUCGUGUAAACUCAAUACAUUCAUUGGAUUUAUUCUUGUGUUACUACUAGCUUUAAGGGGUGUGCAAUAUAUAAACGCAUAUAUUCGUGUUGCAAGCAUUAGGUCUUGUGACAUAAAGCUGGAGUUUUGUAGUGUCAUGUUCUUUGUAGUUUUUGUAUGAAAUAGGGGAGAAUGUAAGCUGGGUGGCUCUGUAUUCUUUCCAUUGACAAUCUCAAGUAUUUACUUAGCCAAAAAGAAAAAAAAAAGAAAAGAAAAAAAAGAGAGACCAUCACAAGCAUGUCUUCAUCUCUGGCUAUGAGAAACAGCAGAUAUGCCUUUUGUUAUUAAUUAUUUAUUUUUUGUUUUAUUGUGAAUUUUCAAAGUAGAUUUUUGUCUUUUUUGUCUGGGGUUAAGACAGACAAUCUUAGCAUGGUUAGGAAACAGAAAAUGGUAGUUAUCACGUGUGGAAUCCCUUUUCCACGGAACACAGUGUCUCGUUACUCUACCGUCCACGUGCUUCUUAUUUUUGUGAUUUGUUUCAUGUGUAGACUGGUGUUGGAGAUGUAUGGACCUUAUCUUGCUUCAUAUGCAUGCUCUAUUUAAGGAAAGCUUUUGGUGGCUUCGGGGAUUUUGUUUGCGAGCCACGUUAAAAUGAACAUAAAUGAAUGCU